AUGGACGAUUCCACCUCCUCUUCUCAUCCAUCUAUAGCAACGGGCGAGCAAACAUCAUGUCCUUCAUCGAGAAAAACCGUUGAUGAUGAGGAUUGUAAUGCAAAGCAACAGAAAAAGAUACCCUUGAAUGAACCAAGUCAUGAUGAUCGUGAUGAUGAUGAGGAUGUUUGUUGUGCAAAGCAUCAUCCUACUGCAAUUGGCUGCGAUACCCCUCCUCCUUGUUCUGCUAACACGGAUCAUGCUCCGGAUCUCUGGCGGUGUAACAAGAAACCCCGAGAUAUCAAUGAUGAUGACCUCGACACCAACAAGCGACCUCAGCAGCAGCAGCAGCAGCAGCAGCCAAUGUCCAAUGCAUCUAGGCGGCAACGAUCCAUACGUCCAUUAACCAAACACGUCCAAAGCAAUAACCAGCAACGACGUAAUGCUAGUAGUAGCAUCAACAACAAUGUCUGGAAGCGAGGCGUAUGGCGGUCAUCAGCUGAUUACAACAACAAACGCGCACCUGUUUCCUCUUCCUCCUCCAACAAUACGAAUAACCGUAAAUCGAAUGGUAUUGAUACCAGAGUCAUUUCAAGACAUCAACAACAACAGCAACAAGAAGAACGCGUUGUUAAGACCGAUGAAAUUGCUUUAUUCAUGCGUUGCAAACGACGUUAUGCCGAUCUUGCUUUUCGAUCCAUCCCACCUUCUCCUGGAGGAUGGGAAGAAGUUAAACCAGAGCGUGUCGUGGCGUGGGGCAAGACGGCAGAGAAUUACAUUGACUUUUCCUCCUACUUGACUAUUGGUCAAAAUCAUCAUGUUGAUGAUGAAGAUGAUGAUGCCUGGAAAAAAAGUGCAACAUGGAUUCGUGAAUUUGAGACGACAAAUGGCAGCACCACCAAACAGCAGCAACAUCAUCACCAUAGGCGAUCAUCAGACAACAACCUUGCUACAUCCAAACAUCAUGCAGCAGCAGCAGCAGCAGCAGCAGCCAACAUCACAAGUAAGCUUGCUAAAGCAGCACGUCCUCCUCCGGUAUCCAUUCCACCCACUUGUAUAGCACCACCACCUUCAACACCCAAUUUAUUUUCACCAUUACCUCCUCCUACUACUUCAACACAGCCAAUCAACCAACAACACCGUUUCAAGUCCUCUGUGGAUGAUCUACUAAGCUUUUCUCUUCACUCAACCAACAACAACAACACGUUGCUACAAGAUACGGGUCGACCAAGCUUGCGUAUGCCACGCAUGUUUUCGGCAGAUGGCAUUAGUGCAUCAUCCAAUACAUUGCUUGACAGAAAUUCCCAUGCAUCAUCUUUAUGGGAUAAACGAAGUUUCCAUGGCAACAGCAGCAACAAUCGACUGCCUGCAACACUUGACAUUAAAGCUCCACCUUACAGACGUAUGUCUUCUCCACUUGACAAGUCCACUCGCACCGCCACGUCUGAAUUUUCAUCCUACUGGUCCCAUCAUCCAUCACCUAUCACACCACCAGGAUCCGCAUCCACUCACGAUAUGUGGUCUGGUCAUAACAACCGAGUCAUCAACACCUCCAAUUACUAUCAUCAAUCUCAAGAAUGGACACCACCUAUAUCACCAUGGUCGCCAUGCCAACUCGAUGAGAGCAACGAUACCACUUUUUCAGCUGGUGAACAACAACAUUGGGAAGACCGUUUUGCUAGCAUUUUGAAAGUGGUUGACGAAGGCGAUGAUGAUGAUGAUACCAAAACAGUGGCAAGCAACACACUUGUGGGUGAUGUUGGUGGUGGAUGGCAAAAGGCAACUCCAUUAACCCAACAGCAACAACAACAACGUCAACGUGAUACGAGUAGCAGUGACAGCAGCAGUAGUAGCAGUGGUAGCAGCAGCAGCCAAUCUCCCACGGAUCCCAACACCAACGAUGGGAUGGCGUUUAUUGUAGCUAAUAUGCAAUUGGUGCAGAAUAUGGUACAAACAGGCGGAAUGGGAUGCCGUCAUUGUGGAUCAGGCUCACACGCUGUUGCUCGUGAAUGUCCUUAUAUAUCGGUCAUAAGCAGCUCAUCGGCAUGGGCCCAAUUGUUUGACGCUGGACGACGAGGAGAUCAACACGCGUUUCUGGAAGCGUUAGAUGUUUACUCUAAAGCAUGUCCUACCGAAACAUUACAAACAAUUGGCCGUAAACUGUUUGAUGCACGCUGUCCUUUGCAGCUGAUUGCAUUAAAUACGCCACCUUCUCGCACCACCAUCCUUGUUGAUCUGCAAGGAAAUGCUCGUCGUACGUAUACUGCUACGCCCGUUUCUAUUACUGUAUACAACAAGGAUGCCACUUGUCGCGUCAACCAAUCGGGUUUACCUCGCACACCAGAAGAAAAUAUAGCACGUCUUGCAGACGCUGGACUUGCUCGUGAUUUAACGGAGGUAGCUCGAUGCUCUCUUUGCAAGCAACAAGGUCAUUGGAUCAAAGAUUGUUCUUUUUGGGGACAACGUCCAUCUUCACUUUUUCAAACUCGCUCUUCUCUCCUCCAUCGUUCUCAUCCUCAAAAACAACAUCGUCUUUCAGUGGAUGUGGAUUCGAGUAACUCGCAUCGUUUGUACUAUAACCUAAACGAGUAUGUGCUCGUAGAAGGUAUUUAA